AAAAAACAAAUAAUAAGUGAGGUGAGAGAGUAGUUUAAUUCCGGUGGAUUUCUGCUCACCCAUCUUCGCCUCCUUCCUCUCUCCCUAUUCAAUUCCCAUCUCUCUCUCUCUCUCUCCUUAAAAACCCUAACUUUCUCUCCUCAUUCUCCAACCCAUCUCAUGGAGAUCUGCACUUACUUCAAAUCCCAGCCGACAUGGCUCCUCGUCCUCUUCUCCCUCGGCUCCAUCUCCAUCCUCAGGUUCACCUUCACCCUCCUCACAUCUCUCUACAUCUACUUCCUCCGCCCCGGCAAGAACCUCCGCCGCUACGGAUCCUGGGCCAUCAUCACCGGCCCCACAGACGGCAUCGGCAAAGCCUUCGCCUUUCAGCUCGCCCAGAAAGGCCUCAACCUCGUCCUCGUCGCCCGCAACCCCGACAAGCUCAAAGACGUCUCCGACUCGAUUCAAGCCAAGUACAGCAACACCCAGAUCAAGACCGUGGUGAUGGACUUCUCCGGAGAUAUCGACGGAGGCGUGAGGCGGAUCAAGGAGGCGAUCGAAGGUCUGGAGGUUGGGAUUCUGAUCAACAACGCUGGGGUUUCGUACCCUUACGCUAAGUACUUCCACGAGGUUGAUGAGGAGCUGCUUGGUAACUUGAUUAAGAUCAAUGUUGAGGGGACUACGAAGGUUACUCAGGCUGUGUUGGUGAAUAUGCUGAAGAGGAAGCGGGGAGCUAUUGUUAAUAUGGGGUCUGGUGCUGCUGCUCUUAUCCCUUCCUAUCCGUUCUACUCUGUUUAUGCCGGCGCUAAAACGUAUGUGGAUCAGUUCUCAAGGUGUCUCCAUGUUGAGUACAAGAAAAGUGGGAUUGAUGUUCAAUGCCAGGUACCCUUGUAUGUUGCUACAAAGAUGACCAAGAUAAGAAGGGCAUCUUUCUUAGUUGCAUCUCCAGAGGGUUACGCAAAGGCAGCACUGCGUUUUGUAGGCUAUGAACCACGUUGCACACCUUACUGGCCUCACGCCCUCAUGGGUUAUGUUGUCUCUGCAUUGCCCGAAAGUGUUUUUGAAUCCUUUAACAUUAAGAGGUGUCUCCAGAUCCGGAAGAAGGGCAUGCUUAAGGACUCCAGUAGUAAAAAGGAGUAAAACUUUUGUGGGGUUAAGUUACUGCAAUAUCUUCUUAUGCAGUUGGUUCCUCGUAAAGUUUAUGUUUUAAAUCUUUGUAAGACUUUUAUGCUUUAGUUUCCAUGUUCCCAAUUUAUUUUUAAAACUAAAAACCUUAACGUGCACGAAUCAUUGAUGUC